GCGAUGUCAAGAGUCUAAAGCCAGACAUACGCGUACGGCUCGAAUUUGAGAUUGUGAAGAUUGCACCAGAAGUCUCUGCUGGGGCCAAUAAUAAGGGAAUUUCUAGAACGUCAAGUUCUUCGUCUUCAAACACUGAUCAAAAAACGGCUGCCGUGGCGACCUCUAGUACCAGUAAAAAAAGAACUAAAAAUCCAACGAAACCUGUCGACAGUGUCUUAGGCCAUGUCGCGUUUGAUAUCAACCUGCUUCAUAGCCAGGACAGCUUAUCAUUGGUUCUCGAUGGCCAUACUGUGGAAGUCGUAGAUGAUCGACCUUCAAGCCCUGCUUCAACCGCGAAUGAUAGGAAACAAUGUCAGACCAACAAGGUCGAGGGCAAGAAUAAUUCUUGUAGGUUCCUCUUAACUCGACCAGAAGCCGCCUGUACGACUAACGGUGACCCACUACAAGCAUUGGAAGAGGAAAUAUGCAGUGAUAUUAUCCCGAAGCUCAGUGGCCAUAUCCAAGUGGCUCGAUUGGAAAAUGACAUAGUCUUCGAAAAGUUUCAAUAAACAUGUUUUCCCUCUGAGUCUUAGGCUUAUCCCUUCAUGCAGUAAUGAACAUGAAUUCCGAAAUAAAAAAGAAUCGAUGGCGAUGCCCAUCUUUAUAUCUUCCAUCGUGUACGAAUGCGAUGUGCUAUUUGAGCCCCUUGUACAGUCCAAGUUGAUGUCUUCGCUACUUGCGUUUUUUACGUUUCCCUUCCUUCUUGCUCAGCGUCCUCCUCUUGUACGAAUAUCAAAUCAAUAGAGGACAGCUCUGGAGAUCUUCUUACCUAUAGGCUAGGGCAUUUCCUAAGAUGGAUGAUGGCUUGCAUGGAUUGCGAUGCAUUGCAUGGAUGUCAUGGCCAGGAGGAACGAGGAAGGCGCGACCUUUUUAAAGGGGAAGCACGCACUUCGCUGCUUGAACGCAGCGCCCCGCCUGACAAGGCCACAGGAUGGCCGCUGCCUUGCUUGUCUUGUUGUGCUCUCCCCGCCCGCGGUAUACGUUUACCACCAUUUUCAAAUACGGGAUCAGUUGCGACUGUGUUGCCGUUCCAUGUUCUCUGAGGACGGUCUUCGCCUUGAAGUGACAUGCGCUCCUAACCACACUACCCUUUAAGGCUUACCCGGGACAACGUCAAGGUUUACUAAGUAAAGAUCUUCUCCUUCAAAGGAAUACCUCAGCUCACAGCUGCGAGAACAUCAUGUCAUGUAAACUGAGCACUCAGUAUCCCACGUCAAGCUUUCUCUUUCACGAUUCCUCCUCGAU